AAGCCAUCACGUAUCCCCAGAGUGUUGGUGAUCGGUGGUGGAGUUGUAGGUGUGACAUCAGCAUUACAGCUUCUACAAAAAGGAUAUAAGGUUACAGUUGUAGCAAAGGAGUUCGCUUCACCUGUCGCUUCUGGUAAAUGCAUCACCUCCGAGAUCGCGGGUGCUUUGUGGGAAUGGCCUCCUGCAGUGUGCGGACGGCACACGGAUGAGAAGUCACUUGAGAGGUCCAAGGUGUGGUGUAUGGACAGCUAUGGAAAGUUCAUGGAAUUGGCUAUGAAACCAAAAGAAACUGGAGCGUACCUCAGGCAAUCUGUCUUCUACUUCAAGGACAUGGUGCAAGACCUUCCAGCACAGUUGGAGAAAAUGAGCGAACUCUGUCAUUUGCCAGGAUUUCGCCAUGACGCAAAACUUAUCGAAGAAACCGGUAAGUGGACAUCUCUUCGCCCCGAAAUUACAAGCUGACGUAUUUUUCAGCAGUUUCUCCUCUGUUUCGUAUUUUUUUUUUAUCAGUCUAAGUCUUAUAAAAAAGUGUGAAGUCUUUCAGUUUCAGUUUCACUGACUCUUCAAAAUAUUAAAUCAUCUGUUUAGGAGCUGUACUUUAGGACCUGUCUUUAACUGAACACUGACGCCGCUGAUUCAUUAAUUUUGCGAUCGUCUUUCUUUUUUUCAUCUCCUUUAUUCUACUUUUUCCAGACAAAUCCUCCAUAGUUUCCUAUAGUGUGGAUUACCAAAGUAUUCCGUAGUUAAACGUGAUGAUUCUCUUUUCAAUUAUUCUAAACCCUAAAUGCUAACUGAUCGCUAACUAUUUCGGUGUCUCCUUUAGCGGUGAACACAGACACGGGAGUGGUGGACGCAUACCAGCACAUGGCUCCUAUGGUUGAUACGGUUGUAUACAUGCAGUGGCUUUACAAAGAGUGUAAAGAUAAGGGCUGUCGCUUUGUACACGAUGAAAUUAAAGGACUGCUGAGAGAUCAAGCAGAAGACUUGAAAAGGAAAUACAAAGCUCAGCUGAUCUUCAACUGCUCUGGACUCAGCGCUAAAGAACUGGCGGGAGACGAAGAUGUCUACCCUCUGAGAGGUAACUAA